GCCUACGACACAGGGUACACUGAGCGCUACAUGGAUGUCCCGGAGAACAACCAGCUCGGCUACGAGGCGGGUUCUGUAGCUCUGCACGUGGAGAAGCUCCCCAAUGAGCCCAAUCGCCUGCUCAUCCUGCACGGCUUCCUGGAUGAGAAUGUGCACUUUUUCCACACAAACUUCCUCGUCUCCCAGCUGAUCCGAGCCGGAAAACCUUACCAGCUCCAGAUCUACCCCAACGAGAGACACAGUAUCCGCUGCCCCGAGUCCGGCGAGCACUAUGAAGUCACGCUGCUGCACUUUCUACAGGAAUACCUCUGAGCCCCCGCCGCGGGGGGGCCUGCACAUUCAGAGCACAAGUGGCUUCGCCGCCCCCGCCGCCACUGGGGGAGCAGGCGGGAGGGCCCGAGUGGCCCCCGCAGACCCCGGCGCGGCGCCUCCUCCCACCGCCCCCGCUGGACAGACCACCCCCGACCCCCGAGCCUCCGGCUUCGCUGCCCCCACGCCUUUUCUCGUUUUUGUAAUGCUCCUGGGUUUUUUGC